AUGGAAAACGACUGCAAAGCAACAGCAACAUAUAGUACUCAACCAUUUGAUACUCUUUCGGAGUCUUCAUCAACCAAACAAAAAACUGAAGUCAUUCGUUGGAAUGCAAAAACAGUAUUAUGGACAUGCCUCAUAGGUCUGAUAGCAUUAUUUGUUUUCGUUGGAAUACCAUUAGUACAAAUUAUCAUUGGUAGUUUAUAUAAGGAUAAAUGUCCUGUUAAUCCUUAUAUUCCAAUAUAUCUUAUUGUCACAGGUGCUGCUACAUUAACUGUAUUACCAACCCUAAUUUUAGGGGUCACUGUCAAAAAAUUAUCGUUUUUGCUUUAUUUAAACAUGGUUUUUGCUUUAUUAAUGUUUGGUUGGUUCAUAACAGGUACUGUCUGGGUGAUUCAAAGUCAAAACAAAGUUCAAUUUUAUAAUCCUAAUCUUCGAAGUACUUACUGUCACAAUUCAGUCUUCAGUAUUGCUCGUACAUUAAGCUUUUUGAAUUAUUUUUAUCUGACCAAUAUAGUAUACCAAUUUGCGAAAAGUUAA